AUGUGGCCAGCAGAUGCUCUCGGUGCAGAGGCUGCAGAAGCGACCUCCGAGCUCGAGUCGAAGUCACAGACCUGCGCCUCAGAGGCUGCAGGAGGGACCUCCGAGCUCGGCAGCACCGAAGCGACAGAAGGGGCCUCCGAGCUGGAGCCGCCGCGGCGGCCCCGCGUCUCGCGCCGCCUCAUCUCGAAGAGGAGCAACAACUCCGUGGUCCUGCCGUGCUCUCUUCUUUUCAGUCGUCGUCCGCGCCCGCAGCGCGCGCCUGGCCGAGCGCCGGGCCCCGCGGGAGGGCGGCGCGCCCCGGGCGCCCGCGGAGGGCGCGGGCGGCGGCGCGUUCUCUGGAAAACCUGGCCUCGUGGCGACAAGGACGCGCUGGCAGUCCCAGCCAAGGCCCAAAACCGCCAAGAAGCCUACGGCCAGGGACUUUUGCUGAGCGUGUCGCAGCGGCGCCCCUGGCGGCACGCUAUGCCUUGGCGAGCUGAUAGCGCGUCGCUCCGCUCCGUGGGGCGGGAGGCUGGCAGGAGCUCGAGGAGAUGA